UCGAAUGCAACAUAAAUAAAUACAACAAGCUUGAAGCUUCAUAAACGACUUUUUUCCUAUGACAUUGUAAGCAUUUUAAAAUAAUGGAAACUGAACGAGAACUUGGCCACGGAACGUGUUGUCUAUGUUUGUCACAAGAUGAAUCAACAUUUCACUCGAAUUCCAUCAUGAAAUCGCUGCCGCUUCAUGAAAUGGUCAACUAUUGCAUUGGCAUUCAGAUAAAUUCGGACACAAAUCAAAUGCCAACAUUUUCCACAGCAAUAUGCAACGAAUGUGUAUUAAACAUCAACAAUUUCUAUGCAUUCAAAAAGAAAGUACUUGAUGCCCAAGAUUUGGUCAAUACAUUGAAUGACACCAACGAGGUACAACAGGAUCAUCCCGUAGAAUAUGUUGAUGAUGAUUUUUUACAAGUGAUCGAAUUGACUGAAGACACCGAGAAAUUAUUGAGCAGCACGGAAAAUGGUAGUGCCAAUGACAGCUUCAAAUUUAUUCAACCAACCAAUAAAUUGCCAAAACCAACAGUUCUACAAGUGACGCGUCUGGUGAAAAUGGAAAGUACUAAAAAGCGACCGAAUGUACCAAGCACCCAUCAGAAAACGUUGAACAAAAAAUCCAAAGCUGAAAUCACAUCAAACGAAAAGGUCACAAUACAAAUGAACGAAUGUCUCAUAUGUCCAGCCGUUCUUGGUGAUAUUUUGCAAUUGAAAGACCACAUUGAUUCCCAUGAGAUUAUAAGGUGCAAAGCAUGCCAGCGACAAUUUGGAAGAUACUCGAAUCUAAAAAGACAUUUCAACAGUAAUCACAGUAAACCAAAACCAUUUCAAUGCGACAUUUGCGGCUUGGCAUUCAAUUUCUCCGUCAAUCUUCAAACUCAUGCACAAAUCCAUUACAAAAAGACUAAACAACAAAUGCAAAAAGAAUAAAUAAUUAUCACAAUUACAUUUUUAUUCAUAAGGAAUA